AUGCAAACGUCUCUCGGAAAUUCCGCCGUUUCGUCCCCCUCAGCUGCGCUCGCUGGUGAUCCCGCAGCCAGACUCGCGGAAAGCGCGGACGGUCAGUCCGCCAGACCCGCGCAAGCGCAGGCGGCGGGGGCGACCGUCCCCGUUCCCACGACGGGCGGCGGCGAGUGCGCGGCGCAACCAGGUCGAACGACAGAACCAUUCGCCACAUCCCCGCUCCCCCUUUCUAGAUCUAGUAGUAAAGACAUCAACUGCGCGUCGGCGAGUCAAACCGACGGCGUCCAUGGCAGCGGCGCGGCGUCAGAGCCUGCGGCGCGCGCCGCCGCAUCAAAUCCUCCUUCAAGUUACGGGCUGUCGCUGCAGCAGCUACAGCAUCUCGUCGCGCUCACAAACGCGAACGACAGCCCACGCGACGCGGCCGCAGCCUUCCCGUACGCGGCGACGAGCGACGGGCGGCCCGGCAGAAGCCGCCUGUCGAUUAACUCUGCGCAGCGGCGCCUCGAUUCGUGGAAUCGCGCGCGCGAGCCCGUGGUGGAAAACAGCAUAGAGCACAUCCGCGCGCAGCGGAAGCUCAAGCGGAGCGGAAGCGACCCCUCGUUGCGGCAAUCCGCGCGCGGAGGGGAGGAUAGCGUAGGCGGCCCGUCGCGGCCGCUAGAGGGCGUCGUUUCGGAGGCGCGGAAAGUCGCGAUGCGCCGGUGGCUCCGCCGCUCGCGGAGCGCGCACGCGUUGGGGGAGAAGGACACCGCGGCGCGCUGGAACGAGGCGAUGACGGCCAUCAUCUGGGGGCGUGGGGGCGCCGUCGUUUUUAGACGGCCAGCCAGCGGGAAUUCGCAGGCGCGGCCGUCAGGAGGCGAACGGUUGGGAAACGCGGCACGAUACAAUUCAGCCGUGCAGAUCGCUUUAGUGCAGAUCAUCAGGGUUGAUGACAAGUUUUGGCUUGUGAAGGAAGGUACUACUGACCGAUGCUUUGUGACUUCACCAUAA